GAAUGAGUCAUUAUUAUUCUGAAAUCUGAAGUGGUGAAAAACCAAACGUCUCUUUCCUCUCUCUCUCUCUCUCUCUCUCACUCUCUCUCUCUCUCUAUCAGAAUCUCAGGUUACUAAGCUCUGAGUUCUUGGUAUUUCCUUUGAUUUUACUAUUUCUAAUUCUAGUUGAAGAAAGAAUGUCAAGUGGAGCAACACACUGGUGUUAUGAAUGCAGUCGGCCAAUUGUGCUUGAAGGGAGAGACAUUAUUUGUCCUUACUGUGACGAGGGAUUUGUACAAGAACUUAAUGAGGUGCGGGGUAUAGCACCGCAAAAUACCUUUCCGUCACGCUCGGGAGAGUUUAAUCAAAUGCCUGACUUAUUUGAUGCUCUACAUGCUUUCGUGGGGCACAGAGGUUCCGAAAACAGGUUUGGGCUUAUGGAUGCUGUUGAUAACUUCAUGAGGCAUAGAAUGGCUGGCAUGCACCCAAACUUUGAUGUUAGAGGGAGGUCAAGUUCUGCCCCGGUUCCUGAACAGAGUUGGGGUGUUUAUAGUUCUGGACCAUUUUUAGUAUUUCACGGUCAAGUUCCUGGAUUAACCUUGCCUAACGGCAGUCCAAGAGGUGGUCCAAGGCGCGGUGAUUUCGGAGACUACUUUAUUGGUUCUGGACUCGAAGAACUUAUCGAACAACUCACCAUGAAUGAUCGGCGUGGUCCACCCCCAGCUGCACGGUCUUCGAUCGAUGCAAUGCCUACUAUUAGGAUCACGCAGGCACAUCUUCGCUUGGAUUCACAUUGUCCUGUCUGUAAAGAAAAAUUCGAACUUGGUUCUGAAGCCAGAGAGAUGCCGUGCGACCAUAUUUACCAUUCUGAGUGUAUUGUUCCUUGGUUGGUUCAGCAUAACUCGUGUCCUGUUUGCCGUGUCGAGCUGCCACCACUAGGACAAAUUAGUUCCCGUGGUAGUAGUCGAAGUUGGGGAGGAAGGAAUGGCAGUAACAACAGCGGCAAUGGUAGCUCGAGCGGCAGGGAGAGUGACCGUCAGAACCAUGGAAGGAGAAAUCCGUUUUCGUUUUUGUGGCCAUUCCGUUCUUCUAGUUCAAACAGUAAUCAAUAUUCUGAGACGGGUGGAAGCAGCUCUUCAACCAAUGCUGACCAGAAUAACGGAACAAGUUAUAAUGGAUGGCACUUUGAUAACUAAACACCUCGUUUCUUCUCCUCGAUAAGUAUAUCACCACCUAUCUAAUAAUGCUUGUAAUUUGAAAUGAGAAGGAAAGAGUAUAUUAAUAUUGUAAUUUGAAGUUUAUCUUAUGUAAGAGAGAUGGUAGAUAGAAGUAUCUUAAAAAUCUUUGUACAUGUAUUCGGUAAGUUGAAUCUCUUGGAAGCUUUCAUCUUUCAUUGUAUCAUUUGAUUGUUCUCUGUCCCUGUUGGUUUGCUUAAGGUGCUGGUCAGCAGGCACAGAGCGCUAUAGUUUGUGUUUGAAACUACGAUGAUAUUGCGUCCGAAUGCA